GUCGUCCGCUCCCGGGCGGACUCGCGAGCUGCCAGCGGGCUCUGCUGGGGCCCCCGCUAGCAGCGCCCGUUCGCGGGCUCAGGGGCGGCCGGCGCGGCGCCGUCUCAGAGGCCCCGCCCGUGUGCCACCCGCGUCGGUUCGGGACCGCCCACUCCCGCCAGAGACCCAGGAGCGGCCAUGGCCGCCCGGCUUUCGACGGCCUGGUGCAGUGAACCAGUGGCCUUUGAAGAUUUAACACUGACUUUUACCCCGGAGGAGUGGGGACUGCUGGACCUCAGACAGAAGUCUCUGUACAGGGAAGUGAUGCUGGAGAACUACAGGAACCUGGUCUCUGUGGAACAUCAGCUUUCCAAGCCAGAUGUGGUAUCUCAGUUAGAAGUCGCAGAAGACUUCUGGCCAGAGGAAAGAGGAAUUCUUCAAGACACCUUUCCAGAAUGUCCUAAAGUUCCACUGGGCCCUCAGAUGAAGUCUCUUCCUGCUGAAAAUCCCCUCAUGAAGAUCAGGGUUGUUGAGGUCCUCACACUGAACCAGGAGAUGGCUGGUCCCCGAAAUGCCCAGAUCCAGGCCCUCUAUGCUGAGAAGGGGGAACUCAGCCCAGGCAUCCUCGGGGAGCCAGCCCAACAGACAGGUGGGCAUCCAGCUGACCCUGAAGCUGCUCGCCAGAGGUUUCGGCAGUUCCAGUAUGAGGAGUCAGCUGACCCUCAGAAGGCUCUGGCCCGACUUCGUGAGCUCUGUCGCGAGUGGCUACGGCCUGAGGCACGCUCCAAGGAGCAGAUCCUGGAAUUGCUGGUGCUGGAGCAGUUUCUGGGUGCUCUGCCUGAGAAGUUCCGGACAUGGGUGGAGUCACAGCAUCCUGAGAACUGCCAGGCUGCCGUAGCCCUGGUGGAGGACGUGACCUUGCUGUCGGUAGAGGAAGGACUCCCUGUCCAGGGGCCUGCCUGCUGUCCAGAGGUCACUGCUCAGCAAGAGAAGGAACAGGAGGAUGUGGCCAUCUGUCCAGAGGCGGUGCCGAAUGAGGAGCCUGUGACCUUCCAGGAUGUGGCUGUGGGCUUCAGCCGGGAGGAAUGGGGGCUGCUGGGCCCGACACAGAGGACUGAGUACCAUGAUGUGAUGCUGGAGACCUUUGGGAACCUGGUCUCAGUAGGGUGGGAGAGUACACCGGAAGGCAAAGAGUUAACUCCAGAUUCUGAUGUUCCUGCAGAGAAACCACUUCAUGACCCCAAAAUGAAACAAUCCUCAGGAGAAGGUCGCCAGUCCUCCCCUUCAACUGCUGUUUCACAGGGUGGGGUCCCCAAAGCCCUGGCCACCGUGAACCGGGCGGAGCCUGCCCAGGAGCAAGGCCCCUCUGGGCACCAGCUCCCGGAAGGCCCCGGAGCUCCGGGAGCGCAGGCCGGACCUGACCCGAGCCACGGCUCGCCCCCGAAAGGCCCGAAAGGCCCUCCCGGAAGGCGCUCGCGCCCACAGGGCCCUCGGGUGACAAGUGCGGCGCCCGCGGCCUCCCCGGGGAGGGCGCACCCGAGGGGCUGUGGGAGGGGGGGAGCCGGAGCGGGCUGGAUGGCCGGGGGCCGGGCGGGGGCCAGGGCGGGGGCCCGGCGAGCCGUGCAGAUCACCUUCAUCCGGAUCCACAAGGGCAGCCAGGUGUGCCGCUGCAGCGAGUGCGGGAAGGUGUUCCGGAACCCCAGGUACUUCUCGGUGCACAAGAAGAUCCACACCGGGGAGCGGCCCUACGUGUGCCGGGACUGCGGCAAGGGCUUCGUGCAGAGCUCGUCGCUCACGCAGCACCGCAGGGUGCACAGCGGCGAGCGGCCCUUUGAGUGCCGCGAGUGCGGCCGGACCUUCAACGACCGCUCGGCCAUCUCGCAGCACCUGCGCACGCACACGGGCGCCAAGCCCUACCCCUGCCCGCACUGCGGCAAGGCCUUCCGCCAGAGCUCGCACCUCAUCAGGCACCAGAGGACGCACACCGGGGAGCGCCCCUACGUGUGCAGGAAGUGCGGCAAGGCCUUCACCCAGAGCUCGCACCUCAUCGGGCACCAGAAAACGCACGGCGGGAGGAAGUGCAGGAGGAGUCAGCCGGCCUCCUAGCCUCCUAGCCUCCCCGCGCCCUGUGCGCAGCCUGCGCCGGUCGGUGUGCAGACGCGGAGACAAGGGUUGGACGUGUUACUUAUUCUUAUCUGGUCAUUGAAAAGAAUGCUGGCUUGUGCUGUGCUACACCUGCAGUCCCAGUGACUGCGGAGGCUGAGGCAGGAAGGCGGCAAGUUCAAGGCUGCCCUGAGCGACUUAGCAGUGUCCUGUCUAAAAAGUUUUAAAUGUGAAAAGAGGCUGAGAUGUAGCCUAGCAGUAGUGACCCUGAUUUCAAUCCCUACUACACCCCGCCCCCAAAAAAGAAAUAAUGAAAUCUAAAAUACUUAGAAAUUUAAAAAGCCAUAAUCUAUGCACUGAUAUAUCUGUAGUAAAGUAUGUGUGGACAGGAACUAACAGAGAAUGUGGAUAAAUAAACUCUAUUUCUUGUA